AUGCUCGACAUCGACGAUUCCCUCAUCCUCAGCUCAGCUCUCGUCGACGACUACGACACCCUCUCCUCCAUCGACUCUCUCUCCUCUCCCAGCCAGCGGUCCCCCUGCUCCGUGCAAGAAUAUGACGUCCAUCAGGCUUCAGUGCCGUCAUUCCGAGCCAAGCAGCUCCAGGCGCUGCAGCACUGCAUCGAGCUGCUUACUCGGGAGGAGAGGCCACGAGUGGUGAACGCGCUGGGGAUCGAGAUGGAGCUAUGA